AUGUCUCUCCCCUCAUCCUCCUCGAAACCGUCACAAACCACCAUCAAGUCGUUCUUUCAACCUCGUCAGCCCAAAUACGCCGCCCCUCCAUCGCAACCACAGCCUCUGCCGAAAGGUCUCAGCUACGAGGCACCACCUCUGCCGCCGUCCCUGACCUUCUCGUCGCAACCGAACCCCGCAUCGGCCACCGCCCAGACCGCCAUCGCGACCCCUCGCCCCUCGAGCCAGGCCGGGACCCAGACGCAGACGCAGACCCAGCAGCGCCCCGUCGAGAUCCCCGCCGAGGCCGCCAUCCGCAGCCUCUCGGCCUCCGACAUAGCAGCCCUGCGCCGCAUUAACGCUCUGCUGCUGCCCGUCGCCUACCCAGACUCGUUCUACACGGCCGCGCUCUCGAGCCCCUUCUCCCGCGCCAUCACCUGGUCCGACCCCGCGCCCGCCGCCGCACAAGACCAAGGCGGCGCAGCCUCGCCGUCCCCCGCCGCGCCGAAACUCAUCGGCGGCCUCGUCGCCCGCCUCGAGCCCCUGACGGCCACGACGCAGGCCCUGUACAUCCAGUCCCUGGCCCUCCUGUCCCCCUACCGCGCCCACGGCCUCGCGACCGCCGCCCUCGCCGACCUGCUCGCCGCCCCCGAGCUCGCCGCCCUCGCCGUCACUACCGUCUACGCCCACGUCUGGACCGAAAACGCCGACGCCAUCGCCUGGUACGCCGCCCGCGGCUUCGCCCAGGACCCCCGCGUCCAGGAACGCUACUACCACAAGCUCCGCCCCGACACGGCCUACGUCGUCACCCGCGACCUCGCCGCCCCGCUGCCCUCCCGGCCCGCCAUGGGCAACGCGUCCAGCGCGCCGGCGCCCAGCGUCACCGCCGCCGCGGCGAACUUGGCGCAGCCAUCGCCGCCCUCGUCGAGCCAAGAGACAGCAGCAGCAGCCGCCCCCCAGACGAGGCCGGGUCCGCCGCAGUCCCGCGGCCAAUCUUUUCAGAACAAGCGCGCUGAGACGGAAUGGAAUGAUCUCCCCUCCGACAUGGCGCCCAGCAUGCUGGCGCCGCCGUCACGCGCGAGCAGUGGGCCCGGCUCCGAGGCGAGUUCCCGGAGCAGCUCGACCGUGCGCAAGAAGAAGGACCGGUCGUAUCCCGCGGCAGCGUUUCAAUCUUGA